CGGGCUCCUAUCAUGGGGGAGUGAGGCGCGGGCAAAGAGCGAUCCUGACAUCCGUUCUCGCUCGCCCGGCUUCGGCCGCCUCCCCAAGUCUCUGCGAAGCGGCAUCAGCUUCCCCGGGGAGCGGCCGGGGGAGGCGCCGGGUUCAUGUUCCGGGUCGCUGAGCCCAACCCGACCCGAGCUCAGGCGGCGAGAAAGAGCUGGCAUUUCAGUAGGACUAUGGAGGAACUAGUUCAUGAUCUGGUCUCAGCACUGGAAGAAAGUUCAGAGCAAGCCAGAGGAGGUUUUGCUGAUACUGGAGAUCACUCUCGCAGCGUGUCUUGUCUUCUAAAACGCCAGGCAAGAAAAAGGAGAGGACGAAAAAGACGUUCAUUUAUCACUCAUCAUCCUUGGGAGACUAGUCACUGUUUAAGUGAAGGUUCUGAUUCCAGUCUAGAAGAACCAAGCAAGGACUAUAGAGAGAAUCAUACUACUAAUAAGAAAGACCACAGUGACUCUGAUGAUCAGUUGUUGGUUGCUAAACGCAGGCCUUCUUCAAAUUUAAAUAACAUUAGGGGCAAAAGACCUCUGUGGCAUGAGUCUGAUUUGGCUCUUGACAAUUUAGGAAACAGGACCCUGCGUAGGAGAAGAAAGGUGAAACGCAUGGCAAUAGACCCACCAUUAGAUGUCACAAAUACACUAACACUGACCCAACAACAGGAUAACAGCAGAGAUCAAGAAAUGGAUAAUGAUAAUAGAUGUUACCAACAUCAAGAAUUUGCCAAGAGCAAAGUGAAAAAAAGAAAACUAGCUACAAGUAGGCAAGGACCAGAAAUCUUGGAUGAAGGAGUGGUUAUAGAGAGUGAAGAAGCGAACCAGGCAAAUAAGGACAAAAUGGAGUAUGAGGAGCAAAAGGGUUCAGAUGAGAACAUGAGUGACAGUGAAUCCAGCAGCCUGAGCAGCAGUGAUGCUGGUUUGUUUACCAAUGAUGAGGGAAGACAAGGUGAUGAUGAGCAGAGUGACUGGUUUCAUGAAAAUGAAUCUGGCGGUGCGUGUGGAAUCACUGGGGUCGGUCACUGGUGGGAACAGGACCCAACGGAGUUGGAGAAAGAAUUGCCUGAUCCAGUCUUUGAAAGUAUCUUAACUGGUGCUUUCCCUCUUAUGUCCCAUUCAGGGAAGAGAGGUUUCCAGAGUAGAUUUAGUCAUCUUCAUGGAAUGCCAGCAAGGAACAUCAAAAAGGUUUCAGGAAACCCAGCUGCAUUGAUUACCACUGCUGGCCCGGGCAACAAGAAAAUGGUUCACUUGUCCCAAGAUUCUCAUCACAAUGACCACUGGUUUAACCCUGGGGCUAGGAAGGAACAUAGCCAGCUUCAGCUCCUGCGGGAUAACCGAUCUGAGAGAGGACACAAGAAAAAUAUUUCAGUAAAAACAGCUAGCAGACAAACAAGUGUACAUUUAGGAUCAUUGUGCAUGGGAGACAUCAAACGGAGAAGAAAAGCUGCACCCCUGCCAGGACCCACAGGGUUUGUAGGUGAAAACGCCCAACCAAUCCCAGAAAACAACAUUGGAAACAGAAUGCUUCAAAAUAUGGGCUGGACUCCUGGCACAGGCCUGGGACCCGAUGGCAAAGGGAUAUCAGAACCAGUCAGAGCCAUCCAGAGACCAAAGGGACUUGGACUUGGAUUUAGCUGACAGAGAAGCACCCCAACUGCUGUACAGAAAUCAGGAAGACUAACCUUAAUUUAAAGGGGGAAAAAAGCUUAAGUCUUAUAUUGUAUUUUGUCAUCAGCAAAUCCAGUUGUUGUUCACUUAUGGAGUUCUGAAGCCUAAAUGUUUCAUCUUGACUACUCUGGCUUUCAAGAUGCAAGGUAGUCACAGUGGCAAAAGAGGUGUUUGAAUCCUAACUCUGUAAUGGUGCUAAAAUGUAAAAACAAUUGUACUUUUUAAUUUUCUGUGAUCUUAAAAUGAAGUUUGUUAGGUAUAUGAUUCAAAAUGUAAUGCGUUUAUUUUUCCUGAAAAGCUUCUCUCACACAGCAGAUUUCAGCGCUUGGGCAAACAUUUUUUGGUACCAUUUUCUCAUCUGAAGUGGUCUGAAAGGAUUUGUUAUCAAGGAAAAUUAAAUCUUAGAAAGCUACUAUGUUGGUUCAUUUUUCCUUCCUUUACAGGCAAAAAUUUCCAAACUAGGUAUUUCUAGAAGUUGGCCAUAGAUGAGGAUAGGUUAACAUGAUCUCUGCUUUUCCAUGGCGACAUAUAUUAGGUGCCCCCAAAUGGCGACACGGUAUGCAAUUUUGCAUAAGGCGAGUAUAACUGAUGGUAGCUUUAUCACUAUAGGAAUGUAGCCCCAUUAUCUUGUAAAGCAUCAUGCUCACCAGUGUGAAAGCCCGAAUUCUAGUGCUUUUAUAAUUGUUUUUACAUCUUGUAAGAUAUUUUUAAGUAAAUAUUUUUAAAACUUUUAGUGUUCACCCUCAGCUUGGAAUUCUGGUUAUUUUUAAUACUAGUGUUCCCUUGACUCUCCACCUCAAAAAUGUGACCCUUGCAGUGGUUCUUAAACUUUGGGUUUUGGUAUAUUUUGAAUUGACUGGUAGGUUACAGCAAGGAGUGGCUAACAGUCAAUGUUUUUUGUGGUCAUGAUAUUGGUAUCCUACCACAAACUUUAAAGCAUCAUGGAAGAAGCAGAGAAAAGACAAAGUGAAGCAGAUAAGAAGAGAGGGAAAUACUCUGAUUUUAAAGUCAAGGGGGGAUCAUUAAGCAAUUUUAAUCUGUAUCCAAUAUCAGCACCGAUAAAUUCAUCAAACACCAGCCAAUCAAGCUGCUAGGAUGCUGGUGGCGUAAAGCAAAUUUCACAUUAGGGAGGUAUAAUAGAAUUGAAGAGGAGCCAUCAUUCAAAAUGCUAAGGCUGAAAACUUGGCCCCAUUGAAGUCAGUAUUAACAUUUCCACUGACUUCAGUGGGGCCAAGAUCUUAUUCUAAAUUGGUCAGGAAGAUGGCUCUUUUUCCCCUCACAGCCUCGUCCAUUUUCCAUCAAACACAGUACUAGGAAAGUAGCUACAAGAGCAAGCAACAAAUUAAUUGAAAAGCAGUGUUCUCACUUUCCAAGUGCUAGUAUUUAUCUGUUUUUUGUCCCUUUUUACAAUCUGCUUACUAUUGACCUAGUGUAGAGUAACUGGUUAGUGUCUGAUGUAACAUUUGAUCAGCAUCAAGGAUGACAAGUUCAAUGAAUUGGAAGAGAACCCUUUACUUGUGGUUUUAAAUGCCUUUUUUGUGUAUGUGAUUUUUUUUUUUUUGAGAAAGCAACAUUUUUUGGACUUCAGUAUUUAAUCAGCAAGAAUAUUUGUUUCUAUGGAACUUUCUAGGCCACACUGUAGUGUGGCUUUUCCAUUUCAGACCUGUACUGUACAGCUAACCUCAUUAAACAGAUUCUAUGACCAAAGAAUUUUGUGGCCGUGUAAUUGUGAAAAUCCAAGAAUUUUGAAUUCUGCAACUAACAGUGGAUUCCACAUGUAUAACUGCCGUUUAAUAUACACACAUGGCAGUUAUAUAUCUGUACAGAUAGCUAGCUAUAUUUUAACUUAUGUGGAAUUCUCCUACACGUUUGAUACUGCAAAGGGCUAUGAAGUGCUGUUGAAUUCCAAAGACAUGUUUGUGAGUAUUAUAUGGAGCAGUCAAUAACUUCUUGAACAUGUAGAGUACUUGUGAAUUAAUAAGUAGUCACAUGGCAAUGUUAAGUAAAAGCUGUAGGCUCCUAUUAUUGUGCUGUAUUAAUGAACAUUUAAAAAACCUUCCUCCCCCCUAUUACAAUUCCAUCAUUACUGAUUAUGAAGCCUGUGUAUUAUCAUUUGGUAAUUGUAACUGUGACACAAAUAACAUUGUUUCUAGUAUUUCCAGGCAAUAUACAGUAGCUGCAGAAAUUCAAGAAAUAUCAGUCUGCAGCUUCAAGAGUAUUUGAAAAUAUUUGCUGUAUUAGUGAAGAAUUUAAAAAGAAAAAACUGCAUGGACAAAUAUUAGGAUAAAAGCUUGCUAGUUCCCACUCUGCUCCCCAUUUCCCCCAUGUGCCUGGGUGCAAUUGACCUGGUAAACUCCCUUUGGUGGAGGAAUUACUUAGCUUGAUGAAGAUGUAAAGAAUCAGAGCUAAAGUAUGAAAACAUGUUGGUUUCUAAUUUUAAAUCAAUCAAUCAGUCUGUUCAAAAGAAAUUAUUAGAUGUCAAGAGUAUUCAAACUGAUUUUAUUUAGAUAUAUUUAUAUCUUGUUUGUUUUGCAACUGGAAUUUCCUACAAAUGCCAGAGCUGACUGGGCACCAGGUAGAGGGAAAUGAUUUGUUAAAAUAUAAUGUAGUGACAUUUUUCUUGAUAUUGCUGUACAGUUCUCUCCCUACCUCAUGCCCCCAUUUUCAAUUCUGUUUUCCUAGGCCUCUUUACAGUGCUAAUGUGAUUGUGUAGGUUAGAGCUAGUGUAUUCUUUAAAAAGGCCACUUUUUGGAGAUGCGUGGCUUUGGGAUUGCGAUAAAACAUGCCUCUAUUUCAAAAUAUGUCUUAAAAUUUGCUUGUUGGGUUUUUCCAUUACUAGCUUAUAACAAUACCUACUACAGUGAUGCCUCAAAUUAUUUUAAAAAUACAUACACAAGUAUUUUGAUACACCAUCUGCUACUAGAUAUAACAUUGAAAUUAAUUUUCCUUUUCACAUAUUAAUAGAUGUUGGACACUCUCAUACCUUUCCAUUUAGGUGCUCGAUUAAUUAGUAGCCUAAAAUUUUCUGCCUACAUUGAAGGUCUAAUAAAAGAAACACAUACAUUUAAAGUAAUGUACGUCGAGUUUUGAGUCAUCUGUCAAUAUACCUCAAUGUUUUGUGAAUUGGGCCAUUAACCUUUACUAAAACAGAUGAGCAACUGCUGGCAGCAUCUUUCUUUUAAAUAAAUAUUUUUUGAAGUAGGAAAAGCAUUGUUAACAUGCUAAUAUGUAACAACUUUGUCCCUGAAUUUUGGCUUUUCUGUAUUUAAGGUCUAUAAUGGGCCAGUUUAAUUGACAACAAAUGGCUAAACAAUCUGUAUAGAAUGCAUUGGUUUAACACAAGAAAGAUGUAAUAAAAUAAAACAGAGACUUCAUUCUUCAUGUUAUUUUUGUAUUUUGUGUACUGCUUUUUUGACAGCAGCGUAAUUGCUAAAGUGAGUGGAAGAAUGACAUCUUUCUGUAACACGGAGUUAAG